CUUAUAAACUUGCAACUGAUGAUGACUUAUAUGAAGAUUUUGACGAUGAAAGUGUGAACAUUUAUAAAAAUGACCCUAUCCACUCUGCAACAGAUAAUGGAAAAUCAUUUGAUCCAGAUGUAACACUAAUGAAAUUUGGUAACAGAUCAUCCUUGGUUGAGCUCAAUAAAGAUGAUGAAAGGCAUUCCAAUGGGUUCUGCCCUUUACCCAUCUACAAAAGGCCACAACCACCUAUUCCGAAUGAAGACAUAACUAUUAACUUUCACCUUGGAGAUAACCAUACUAGUGUCCACUCUGUAGCUGACAAUGAAAACUUGAAUGAUGCUUACAAACUUGCAACUGACGAUGACUUAUAUGAAGAUUUUGAUGAUGAAAGUGCGAACAUUUAUAAAAAUGACUUUAUCCACUCCGCAACAGAUAAUAGUAAUGGAAGAGCGUUUGAUCAAGACGUAACACAUCCAAAAAUGAAAUUUGUUAACAGUUCUUCCUCAGUUGAGCUCAAUAAAGACGAUGAAAAGCAUUCCAAUGGGUUAUGCUCUUUACCCAUCUACAAAAGGCCACAACCACCUAUUCCGAAUGAAGACGAUGUCUAUGAGAACAUAAGUCCUAAGCCACUUACUAAAGAAGAAGUUAUUGAGGACAGUCGUAAAAAAAUGUAUGCUGCGCUGGAAGAAACUAAGGAUUGGAAAAAGGGUGGACCCAGACCAACAUCAUGGCCAAAACUCACGCCCGAGGAAAAUAUGCGGAAGGCUAUCCCUAAAAUCUAUGCCGCACAAGCAGCACAAAGACAAAGGAUGAAGGAUGAAAGAAGACCCCUUCUAAUGAAAAAAUGGAAAUCAAUUAAGAACUUGAUAUCUAGUAAGGGAAAGUGAGGCAUAAACUGGUUGAUAUGUUGAAUUUCAUUUUGAAUUAAUGGUCAUGUGGGGAACUCCCUUAUUGAACUGCAAUCACUAAAAUCCUACAACAUAUUGGGAUUCCCAUGAACAAUACAAGUUGAUAUGUCAUUGUAUUUUGAAUGAGUUCAAAAUAAAGAAUGUCACGAUUAUUUGAGUACUUCUUGUAUUUUGAAUUAUUUAUUUAAAAAGUUAUUCAAAUAUGAUCUUUCAUAAAAUGAACAGUUUGUAAAUAUGAAUUGAGCUUUCUUAUGCACCCUCUUUAUGUUCCCUCUCACAUGCAUAUUUAGGAAAUAAAACAUACUUCUU